AUGUCCGGGUUCACGGCUCUGAACGUUGAGCCCGAAGAUAAGUUCGAGGAGGAAGUCGACGACACCCGCGAGAUCCAACUCGAAGAAGCCUUCAAGCUCUAUCAAAAUGCCCUCAAACUCCACUCUCAAGGCCCUCGAUAUUUCCCGGAGGCUCAAGAGGCCUAUGACGAGUUACUCAGAUCCGAGGUUUUCAAAUACCCAGAGGUCGUUUCCGAGUUUGCGCAUGAUGAGCUAGAUGACGAGGGUGCGGUAGCAGCUGCUCAGACAGAUAACACCGCCCUGCCUCUGCUGCCCAGCAAUGCCGCCGAAUCAUCGGCCAGCUCAAUUCCUCAACUCAUCUAUCUCGCUUUCAAGAACAGAGGCCAGUUUAUUCUUGAUGCCGCUUGCCAUCAGAUGUCAGACAAGCAAGCUUCUCGUGCCGAGCUUUGCCGGUCUCAUGCCGAAUCCUCCAAAGAAAGCCUCCGUCAAUUUGCACAAGCGCUCGAGCGUGACGACACCGACCUGGACCUAUGGAAGAAAUCAGCCCGCGUCGCCGAUGUCUUGUCAUCGCACAGAAUAGCGCGUUUCUGCUUGGAAAGCGUGCUAGCAGGCGAGGUUGAGAAUGGACAGCAGACUGUCGAUAUAUCUGGUCUCGACGAAGCGUACGCCGCCGGCGAACUCAGCCAGGUGAUUGAUCUCGUUCAUGACGACCUCAGCCGUCUCCAAAGCUCCAACAUCCGACCCAAAGACAAGCUGUUGACCGCACUAAGAGAAUCAAAUGACCCAUACCCGGACCUCCCAAAGCGUGCACAGACCCUCGAAUAUCUUGACGACAGAUAUCGACCUUUGAGCUUCACAGUACCUCGCGCAGACCUAAAGCCAGCGUCAACAGACUUGUUCGCGCUCGGGGAGAAGAUUGCUGAGAUUGUCGACAAAAUUCAUAAUGACGAAGGCUCUCUCAGCUGCGCCACCAUUGUUAAAGUCGUGCUACCAGACUCCAACUUGAUGAGCGACCCUGCCGAGAUGAAAGAUGCGGAAAGCGAAGUGCAUCCCAAUGGCGCCGGCCAGAACGAAGUUCUACAGGGUCCUCUCUUGAGCCCAACGAAGAAUGCGAUGCAAGACGAAUCUUCGACCGUAGCAGACAUCAUUGGUCACGAAAGUUCGGCGGCACUCGCCACCUCCGGGCAACCAGACGGUGAUACGGCGGACUUGGCAGCGGAUGGAGAUACGAUCGAGUUGCGAAGUGCUGCACCUCCACAGCCCGAUUCUGCGGCUCUCCCAUCACGAAAACGUUCCUCCGCCGUUGCUGGGUGGAACGAGGAGCCUGAAGGCCGGACAAAAAGCAAGAGACUGCGAGCAAGAGAAUCAAUGGCUGAUGUCGCAGCACAAGAAGAAGACACGGCUCAUGAGCAACCGCAGUACUUUCUCGGACAGCUGGCAAUCCACGAGCAGGCUGAUCAGGCAUGGUUUGAUGUGGCCAACACCCUUCUUGCGAGGUUCGAUAUGAAAAUGUACCUCUCCACGGAACAAGCCAAGCAGUCAUUCUGGACUGGAGCGGACGGCAGUGAACCGGGAAACCACUCUCAUGCUUCUGAGAAAGAUCUGCGCCUCCUCAUGGACCUACGGCAUGCUUUGACAAAUUGGACGGAUGAGAAGGGUCAAGCAAUUGUUCAUGGCCAUAGUAGUCAAGACUUUCCAGAGAAGGCGACCGGCGUUUCACAAUUCCUCCAACGUUCCAAGCUCGCUACGCCAAAGAAGUCUCAGCCAUUCGAGGAGGCUGGCACGGCUGCAUGGAGUUCACUGGUAUCUCUUAUCAACGAGGAACCCACGAAUAUCUACGAUGCGGCCACCUGGUGGCUUUCCUCGCUCCUCACUGGUUGUAAAGUGAAAGGCCGACUUUAUGCGUCCCCUUACUUGCUCACGGCAUGGUCUACGGAAACGAAGUAUACGGCAGCGCACUUGGCCUGCGAAACCGAAGACUAUCUGUGGCAGUCUCUGCAACAGCGGCAUGAACGCCUUUCGAACCUUGGCGAAGCGACUUGUGACCAGCAGAGCAGCAGUUUCCAGCAGGUGCAAUCCUCCUUCGAGCUGGUAGAAGGGCUGUUUGAGUUAUUCCUCGACGUGGCCGCGACAGUCUCAGACCCGAACGGCCCGUUCGACCCUGUUAGUCGAGGCGUGAAUAUUGAGCGUGUGAACAGAUGGGCAAGUCUAGCCAGCGACUUCAUGCAGCUUUACCUCAGCUACUCAGCUCGGGGUUUGAGUGAUCCACUUGUUCUGCGCUUCAUGUGGACAUCAGUUGCUCACGUCAGACUGGACGACGAUGUCGAAAAGGCACACCUUGUUCUACUGCUCGAGGAACUAAAAGCAUUCUUGGAGAAGAGUGAAGUCAGCCCAAUCUACCUGCCAAACAAUACGGCAAUGCCUGAGAUAUCUGUUCCGGCAAUCGAACACCAACUAUCGGUGCUCAGCACAAGCGACUUCUUUGCCAGAGUUUUCGAUGAUGAUAACAGCGAUCCGGUGGCAGUCAUUGAAAUGCUGGAACCCAUGUUGGACACAAUAACACGGUCCCAGGCUAGUUCCACACCGGGCGUGAGCACACCACUGGCGCGAACAACACAAGCAGAGGAAUUGGUGAAGUUCCUCGAGUCUAACAAUGCGACACUGACAUUGGCACUUUGGAGACGCCUGCAGAAUGCUUAUACCUCGAUUUCAUACCCGCCGAAAGUGGUAUCGUGUCUCUUCCGCAUCAUCGAAACAAUUGUCGGUGAGCUGCAUACCGCCCGCCAUCUCGACCUCGAUGCGACAUGCCGCCAAGUUGAGAUGCUCAAAUGGCUGCAUGAUGUCGACGAGGUGAUGAUCAAAUUGCUCAGUAAAAUUCCCGAUGAGCUUGCUCCCUUCGAAUGUAUCGACGACUCCCACCUUCGUUCUUCACUGAGUGCCAUUACUCUGGUCAUUAAGCUCCUCUACGGGUUUGUAAUGUACGAUGACUCGGUCCGCGUCGGCCAGACUUCGGGGCCUCAAUUCAAGGGUGCGCUCUCUGCAAAGCAGUAUGAGAAAGCCAAAGAUCGGAUGAGGGAGAUGCUUAUCCGGGCUUCCAACCUUCAAUACCUCCUGCUGAAGGAAGCAACAGUGCAAGACCCUUCAUCUUACUCCCGUGCCGCGGAUGGCUUGGCAGAGUACCUAUGUACCAUCCAUGGUUGUCUCGGCAUUCGACAAUAUUGCAAAUAUGCCAACAAGGCCUUGGUCAAAUUGGUGAAGAAGGAGUUGAGUACCUUGCCAACUGAGCAGGAUUAUGCUGCAGAGGUGGCACAGGUCUUUUACGACCUUUAUCAACUUCGCUUUGCUAGUGGCAUUGGGGACGUUGACCACGGCUGUCCCUCUGAAACUUUGGAUAGGAAGACAGCUUGGACAUUGAUACCGACAAUUAUGAAGUAUGCUGAACGAUUCAAUGUGAAGGAUCUCAACAAGAGCGAACUCAGGGGCACAAUCGACAAGAUGCAACAAGCGCUUGGAGUUGUUAAGAGCUCUCCAGCACUACAGCAGAAUAGGCUGAUCAUUCGCGAUUACCUUAAGGGGGUGAUCAAGGCAGCUGAUCUUUUCGAUUGUACCCGAGGUGUUCUGGCUCUCCCAACAGGACCGGUGAAAGCGGACACAGAAGUUGCAGCAAGUACUGGCUGGUAUUUCAUGCUUGGUCACCUUACCCUGUCCAAGUACAAGUCUGUGAAGCGUGUCAGUCCCACCUCGACUGAAGAUCUGGACUCCGCAAUGAAUCUUUUCCGCCAGGACUUGAAUCACGACACCGAAAAGUGGGAGACUUGGUAUCGCUUGGCACAAUGUUUCGAGGCCAAGAUCGAAGACGAUUUGAUUUGGAACUCGGCUAAGCUUAACGACUCCAGAAGUGAUAUCUCUUUGCUGGAACGUCAAGCGAUUCACAGCUACAUGAUGGCCACUGCGAUUGCUUUUCGCACCGAGGACGACCAGCCGGAGACGGCCGCGAAGAUCGAAGAUAUGCUCGGAGAGUUUGGCACUCGUCUAUACGCCUCUUCUCGCCCUCCUUUGGAUAUGGAGGCAUUCAGGACCGACAAGCACAUGCGCCAUCUAAGCAGCACCGCAGACCAGACGAUGUCCAAGCAACCCUAUCACCAGCCAGCACGACAAUUCGCGCUGUGGUGCUUUGCAGCUAAACUCCUCAAGACCAAAUUGACGGACCGCCCCAAGUCAUGGAUGUCACAUUACACACGAGCUAAAUGCUUGUGGAAGAUCUUUCAGAGCCCGGAGAAUCGUGGUCGUGUCCGGGCAGAGCAAGUCAUCGAGGCAGUCGUUGCGGCCAUCGAAGCGCUCCCUAAGAAAGAGAAGACCAAUGAGCCGAUACUCGAGCCACAUCUCAAACUUGUCUCCAUUGUUCACAAGAUGCUCAGAGGUGGCAAGAUUGACUAUCAGCAAGCGUAUCAAUACAUGCAGGCGACCCGAUAUGCGCAUGGAGUGAACCUGUCUCAAGAUGAAGAUGGUGUUGACUGGGAGCGAUACAUGAUUGAUGUCUUGAAGAGAUUAAGCCACGCAGACAAGGCCAACUGGCACCACAGAAUCACCAACCGUGCGGCCCAUGUGCUGUACGAUGAGUCGCCGAACCUGGCAGGAGCCCUUGGGGCGAAACACGAGUUCACCCAGCAAAUCUUCACAAAGACCAUGACGAUGCAGGUCUGGAAGCCCGAACACGAGCGUCCGGGUCGCCACUACGUGUAUACGGGACGAUAUGUCUCUUUCUUCGUCCAUGUCCUCGAGCAACUGAACGACCGUGGAAGCCUAGACGCCCUUGUCCGCCGCAUUAGAAGAAGAGCCAUCGAUUUUCUCGACCAUACCAAGAUAUGGGAAGAGGCUGCUACGACUUAUGUACGGCUGCUGAGGCGCCACGGCCAAAUCCCAGAAGGACGAGAAAGAGCGCUAUUUGAUGGCAUGAACCACGAGGAGUUUAGCAAGAAAUCAGAGGCAAUGGAACAGUGGUCACACGAUCCGGACACUAGUUCGGUAUACCUGGAUGUCAUCCGAGAGGGUGUCGACCUGAAACGUCUCAACAACAGCUUGAUGAAGGGUCCUGUGAUCGAUGAUCUGAUUGGUGAUGCCUAUGCAUGUCUCUACGAAGAGUUCGUGAAGCAGCUGCCGCCCGACGAACAGCCGAAGCCCCAACCUGCUCCGCUUCCACAAGGCACGUUCAUCAAUAUGACGACUGAUAUGGGCGAUGGUGAAAGCGAGGAGGCACAGCGAGCUCGCCUCAGCGAUAUGCUCCGAGCCCAAGGAGAUGGCGCUACCGACGGGCCCUUGUCGCUGUCAAUUUCCGCCCCUGUUGGCCUCGGGUUGCAGAAUGCACCCGCUCCACUUGCCGGUGUCGCCGGUCAACCAGUUCCUGAAGUCCAACGCGACCGAGCCAAGCCCGGACGUACGAAGACUGUGACCCGACGCGAAAUCCAACGCAAAGCCGAAUCGGCCAUCGUCAAGCCACCACCUAUCAAGACACCCAUUCUAUCCAAGAGAUUCGCCGUGGAAAUUCCCUCAAAGACCGAAAUCGAGACAGAAUCGCCGGUCAACAAGCGCGUGGCGGACGCCAAAGAUGUGGACGAGAGCCGGGCAACUUCUAGAAGAGGCAGCAUCCAAGAUAGCGCGGACGGGGAUGCUGACGCCGAGGACUCCGGAAGCGAACUUAGUGAGCUCGAGGAUUUGAAUGAGGACGAGAAACAAAUGCUGGCCGAGUUUGAGAAUGCGCAGAAUGCUGAUCGGGAAGGCGAGGACUCAGAUGAGGAACGGGAGAAUACUGGCAAAGAAGGCGACGGAUACGGCGAAGGCGAUGAUGAAGACGACGUCAUGCAGGAUGCAGAGACCGCAAUUGAAAUCCAGGAUUCGCAGGAAAACGCGGCUGAAGAACAACCAGAAGACAAGGACAGCCCUGAUGUGGAGUUCCACGAUGCUGAAGACUAG